AUGGUUGUUGUUGAGACUAAUAUCUCGAGAAUUUUUACUAGCGAUCAAAAUGACGUUGCCUCAAUUACUAAUAUUCCACUUCCACCAUCGACUGGAGUAAUGGGAAAUCCCUUGUUUAUUGAAAAUGACGCAUGUGAUAGUAGUAAUAUUGCUAAGAAUCCCAUAAACAACACAAUCGCAAUAUUUCAAGAUCAUAAUGUAUGCGACGUUCAAAAACAGAUCAAAAAUAUUGCAAGCAUUUCAACGAAUCAAAUACUAGGUGUACUUUUAUACAGUAAUAACAGUAAUGGCACAAUACCGAGUGAUCGACUGUCAGCGGACAUUAGUUCGAGUUUGGUCCCAAUUCCUGCGUUCUAUGUGAGUCAGGCUGUAGUCGACUACAUUCGAAGCGUCGAUAGUGAUAGUUCACUUGUAUCUAUUGUGUUAUACCCAAUUCAACGAAAUAUCACGACAACUUUACAAAUUACUUUUAUUGGGAUUUUGUUUACGUUCUUGAUAGCCUUCGGUAUUUCACGCAAACGUCGCAGAGUUCUUUUUGAGAAUAAUCCUAUAGCUAUGACGAAUUUAUCAAAUCCCACUUUCCUGGAAAAAGAGGUGGUAGAGAAUUUCCCUCUUAAGAAAUUCUUUACCGAUGCGACAAAUAACAAUGACAUAUUACAGUCGAAUGCAGAUCAUGAUAAAGAUAUUAAUUCAACAUCACGAAUUAGUGUAUCUCACAAAAAAUUAACUGAUGACGAAGAGUCAUCAGAAAUGAAAAACAUAAAAUCAGUAUUAGUGAGUGAUAAGCACAUCGGAGAUGUAGAUAAAACUCAAGACCUUUCAGUAAUUACCGACAAUACGAUAUCUUCUGUGUUGCACAAUGAACAAAAAGUGGAGACGUCAGUGACCGGAUGUGUUAUCCCUAUUGAAUCAACGUCUGCUGAAGUAACUGACAAAGAAAUUCCAUCGGACCCUUCAACAAGCAUUCAUACCUCAACAGAUAAAAAAGCAUCAGUAUCACAUACAACAGAUUAUACUUUAAAGAAUGAUAUUCAUCAUCAUAUACAAGAUUUGCAGACAACAUGCGCUAUAUGUUUAGAUGAUUUUCGGGAUGGGGACUUAUUGAGAGUUCUACCAUGCGAACAUGAAUAUCAUUCUGAAUGCAUAGACACAUGGCUUACACAAAAAUCUUCAAAUUGUCCUCUUUGCAAAUUUGACUGUCGUCCUCCAAAAGCCAUCGAAGAGAACGAUGGAAGUAAUAAUGAUAACGAAGCAUCAACAUCAAAUAUACAUGGUGUCUUACCAGCUCCGGUGCAGGCACAGGCUCCAAGGCAACAAAGGAAUUUAAUAAUAUCACUAUCGAGAAGAGUUUGGUAUUUUACAUUUCGUGGUGGUUCUAUAUAA